AUGAGUAAGUUUUAUGAAAUUCUUAAUUUUUUCAAAAAUAUAAUUUUACAGGUGACUGGAAAACCAAAUUGGAAAACAUCAAAAAGGAGCAAGAGGCUGCUGAGCAAAAACAUAAAGCGGAUUUGGAAGCAUUGAACCAACGAAAUGAUUCAAUAACUCGAUCGAAAAAGAAUGAACUCGAUAAUUUGAGAGAUGAAUCUGAAAGAGAGGAAUCUCGAAGAAAUGAGAGACAUCAACAAAUGGAUAAUGUUCAGACAAAAAUGUUGGAACAACAAAAUAAUAAUCUGCAAAAAACGAAUAUUGAUUAUGCGAAUCAAUUAGGUGAACUCAAAAAAUCAUCGGAUUCUCAAAAAGGUUUGCAAAUUUUGCUCGAAUCAACUCAUUUCAUUUUUUUAGAAAAAGAAAAAGAGCGGCAAUUAAUGGAAAAAACAAUGCUCCUUGAAAAUCAAAAAAGCUCAAAAAUUGGAAGCUGA